UGGUCUUUGGUGAAUGAUGUUUUUGUUUUUAUGAAAGAUUGCAAAUUAUGGAAAAACCAUGGGGAGUUUUGGGUCUGUUCACUGGACUGCUGCUGUGUGCAUUAUGCAAUGGGCUGCCCAUUAAUCUGGAGAACACGGUAGCAGAUUCUCACACCCAAUUGCUGACAGGACUUGUGGCAGUUUUAUUAACUGUUUGCAGCGUGGUGUUCCUGGCAGGCUGCUUGUGCUGUCAACGAAGGAAAGGAUUUAAGGAUGAGGAAAAGGAAUUUCGGGACAGUCCUGUUGUAGCCUCUGCAGCUUCGAAUUUAGACCAUGGUCAUGUUAAUCCUGUUGCAAACGGUGAAUUCACUAUUUUCACCCCUUUAUCGCCCCCACACCAAAAUAAUAACGUAUUUCUUGCCAAUCAACAAAUAAUUACACGUACUCAGGAGGAUUACAUUUUCGGAGAUGUGGAUGUUAGUUCCUGGUUUAAUGGCACCGAAACCGAUUUUCCGCGAAUUAAACUAAAGUACAUAAAAGAAAUUGGCAAAGGCUGGUUUGGAAGAGUCGUUGAAGGCGCAGCCCAAGACAUCGAUAGCGAGCAAAAAUGGACACCUGUAGUGGUUCGCAUUUUGGAAGCCACAGCUUCGAAGAGAGAACGUGUCGUGUUUUUACACGACGCGUCCAUUUAUCGAUGUGGUUCACAUCCAAAUAUUUUAAAAUUAAUUGGGAGAUGUUUGGAUACGAUCCCACUUUUGCUAUUGCAAGAAUAUUGCCCGCAAGGUGAUCUUAAAAAUUACCUAAGGCAAAAUAAACCGACCGCUGAUAAGUUACUAUCAACGGAAUAUCCCCUGGUUUGGUGUUGCCAACUGAGUUCGGCUCUAAAAUUCCUCCAUGAAAAUAGAUUGAGUCAUCCGGAUUUAGCGGCGAGAAAUUGUCAGCUCACUUCAAAUCUAACGUUAAAAUUGGGUGAUUAUGGCCUAGCUGUUCUCCAAUAUCCGGAGGAUUAUUAUUUGGGAGCGGCGGGUGUUUCAGUGAGAUGGUGUGCACCAGAAUCGUUAUCUUACACUUCCACGACAAUUGAGCCCAAGACUGUUACACUGGAAGCUAAUAUUUGGUCAUUUGCUGUUACAAUGUGGGAAAUUUGCGAAUGUGGGGAACAACCUUAUUCUUCUUUGACUGAUGAUGAGGUCAUUUCGCAAGUUUUGGGGUCACAGAAAGUCAGAUUAAGCAGGCCUAGGUUUCAAAUGCUCUACAAUGAUUACAUUUUCCGCUUAAUGCAACUUUGUUGGACAACCAGCGAAUCACGUCCAGCCAUGUCCCAGAUCGACCUAAUGCUGGGCGACCUCCUCCAAGUCUACAAAAACACGAACUUAACCAAACUUGAGCCACCCAUUUCAAUGAACGAUUUCGACAAGCGUUGGGAGUCGUUUAAACCGAACAGCAUCGUCAAGACUGACAACCAAAUUACGGACAAUGCUGAUCUGGACUUGGACGAUUCCCAAAUCGUCACUUCAAAACCCCUAUCACCCAGCUUAAACAACUUGCACGGUUCCCUCGACAACUUACUCACUUCGAACGUGCAAAUGGAAUCAUGGCUAGAAAACGUCGCCACUCGAACCGGCGACAUGUCAUACGUUCGGGGCCUUUCGGACGCCAUCAAGGACCUGGACAACGCUAUAGCGCUGGAAAACAGCACUAGUUCCGAAUCGAGUCCGAAAAUCCAGUUCAGACUUGGCCCCUUCGGGGACAAGCCCCAAAUAGCCGAAUCACCCCACGAGAGUUUGAACGAUAGUGUCCAAAGGCCCAGCAGUGGUAGCGAGACCGAGGAGGAAAACUGGAAGAAGAAAAUCGAACGGGGGGCUUAUUCGGAAAAAGUGCGUCAGAAAUCGCGUUCGGUCGCCGAUUUGAUGGUCUUGACGCACAUCGACCAAUCAGAGUCCGAGUCCGAAACACCUUUGCCUAGUUUAGACUAUCGAACGAAUUAUAGAAAUGUUCGAUACGCGCCUAAGCAAAAUCUAGAGAGUUGUGGUUUGAUGUUCGGUAGUGAAGGUAAUCUCCUAAGUGUGCAAGAAACGUUCCAGGAAGAAUUGAAGAAAUUGCAAGAGGAACGAAGAGAUAGUCUGCUUUUUGUACCUGAAAACAGUAGUCAAAAUAGUGAUAGUGUCUCGUGUAUAGCGGGGAGUUCGAGCGGUUUUUUUCUGCAAGAGUUGAGCGAGAUCAAGCCUGCGAAUCAAGUGUUCAAUGUGUUCAAUGUUACCAUAGAUAAGUACAGUCCGGUGCGCUUGAAUCUGGACGAACUUAUCAAUUUCAAAGAGGACCAGUUCGAGGUCCCAAAACUGGCCGAUAUUAUCAAAAGCAAUAGUGAACUUGUCGACCAUUUGAAGAAUUCCGAUUUUGGAAGCGAGGUCAUGUACGAUUCGGGCGUUGAAGGCGAUAAAGUUGAGUCAACUGAAUCACUCAGAAAUAUCAUUUUUGAACCCGAACAUAUCACGGCAAAGCCACACGAUGGCGCUGUUUAUCAAGUGCAGAAGCUGGUCGAUCUGAUCCAAGAUAACGAUGAGUUAAUGGACUAUAUUAUCGCACGGUACGAGACCGAAAGUGUCGGUCGGAUGACCGACAGUUUAGACAGUCUUGAGACGCCUUCCAAUGAACUAAUCGCGAAAAAUGAUUGUAUUAACACAACCAAAGAGUUUCUAAGCCGGGAGAUCAACAGCCACAGCGAUAUAGAAGAGCCAAAGGUGGCGUUCGACCUAAGUGACAGUCAAGAUGAAGCAAUGCCUAACAGUUUAACUCACUCAACACCGUUUGGGAAAAAACACGAGUUAACUUCCCGUGACACGUUCUCUAGCUUGAAUCUGUUCCAAGACGAGAAAAUCAACGAUUCUUCAAAUCUCUACUCGUUAGAAACGUGGGAUAAUUUCCUUGGAAAAGCACUUGACAGUCAGAGUGAAUCCCAAGACGAAAUGUUUGAUAGUUUUUCGUCUGAGCCGCAAAGUUUGUUGUUUAUCGCAAACGAGUCGGAGCAAGGCGAUAAAAACGCGACGUUUGUGAAGGAGAAGGCUGUUGAUGUUGAUGAUAUUAAUGUGGAGUUGGAGACGGAUGUGAAUGGUGGAGGUUGGUUCCUUCAUCCACAGUCUGGGGAUGUUUCUGGGGAGAUGGUGGUGCCCACGAAUGCGGGUGGUGAUAGUUAUGUUGGGUUUAAUGUGGAUGAUGAAAUCAUGGCGGCGAUUAGGACCGAGCUUUUGAAUAAGUUGCCGCAGGCUCAGGGUGGUUCCAAUGGGGUUGUUCAGGAUGAGGAGGAGUGGGAUUCGGUGGAGAGGAAUGAGGUGUUUUUGAGGUAUAAUGUUUACAAUACGCCGUUAUCGCCAAUUCCGGAGGAAAGUCUGCUUGAGGAUAAUUCUUAUACACCAAGGCAACAGGAAAGCGAUGACGAAGACAGCGAUUGGUCGGACCAAUGCGAACGCGAAGUUUUACCACACGAGCUGGAAAGUCACUCAGCCCAAACUCUCGAAAGUCCAGUUCAUCCCGAACGUCUCCACAGACACACACCCAGCCAGGAUUCCUGUUGUUCAAACGACACUCUCUUCAACUUGGAAGAGCUCACAUGUGGCGUUAAUGACUCAGAAAGGGACAAUAAUUCCCCAACCCCUCGAAUCUCCGAAUGUGAAUCACAAACCGGCGAGGAACAACAGGUAGCAAACAACGCGAUGAUUCAUGACAUAAACAAUGACUCAAACAUUGGAGCCUUAAAUGACAAAACUACAACAACGGAGAAAGAUAGUGAUAAUUCGGCAAGUGGGUGCAGAACAAGUGAGACAGUGAAAGAAAGUGUUGAGAUGAAACAAACGAUUGAGUUUCUGGCACGUGAAAGAGAACACGAUUGUUCCAAAACCAGCGAAGAAUCCAAUUCGGAAUCGACAACUGAUCAUCUUUUACCGUUUGUUACUAAGCAGGUGGCACCACUGCCAUCGCCUGAGGACAACCCCUGGAAACAAUUACCGGCGUCUUUGUUGAGUUACGAUAAGGUAAUGUUGUUACCAUCGCCUGAAGCCGUUGAAAAAAACAACACGGAAGAAAAUCUCUACGUUAACGUUCCGCAAAAUAAUUGCGAAUCGAGCGAAUUCGAAAAUGUGGAGAAUUUGGAUGAUUAUUACAACGAGGCUGAUUAUGUGAAUAUAGUGAAUUUAGAAAAUAGCAAAAACUCGGCUGAAUUUAUCAACAAUAAACAAAUUAACGUCGUGAUUGAAGAUGCAAGUGAGCGGAGUAGUCCCGACUAUGUUAAUAAUGAUCUGAUUAUUAAUGAUGAUGAUGAUAAUGAACAUGAUAUUUUUGGGGUUUUAACCGAUAUUAGGUUUAGUGGACCAAGUGAUAGUCAAAUGAUGUCGACAUCAUUUAGCGAAAGUAAUGAUUUAAAUGAUGAGCAAGAUUGGGAUAGUGGUUCGGAUACGAGGUCUAGUUCAAGUGGAGAGUUUAUCUGGAAGGAGGGUGAGCACGAAGAGUCUCUCAAGGCCUUACGCGCUGCCCCACAAGAUGUGUUGGAAGAUAUUCACCCCAUGGAAGGCAUACAAGAAGAAACUUCAAGUGAGAGUAGCGGGAGUGAUGAUGAUGGUGAAAGUCCCGAAUUCGUCCCAUCAGCUUGGGACAAGUAUGCAAUACCUGCCAAAUCUGCACUGAGAUCUCCAGAGAAAACACUCGAAAAGACUGAUAAAAAAAAAGCAAAAGGUGUGUGGUUUAAAAAACAAAAAUAUCAUUGUGUUUAUGAAUAUCCGAGAGAACCCGAAAGUCCAGUACUCCACAGUUUUGAUUUGUGGAAGCCACAGCCCGAUUAUAGUUCCUUUGACGACUGGGAACUAGACGGCACUGACCCUUGCCUCCCUGCCGAUAACCAAGACGAUUGCGAUUUUACCCAAAAUUACUUUCAAGCCAAACCUAAUCGAAACCUAAAUUUGUACCAACUGAGUAGCAUAACAGACUUUAAUUCAAGCGACCCAGGCCUGGACGACGAAUUUUUCAUAAGUAGCUCAGCCAAACCCUUCGACAUGAUCAGUGGCUUAAGUUCCCAGUUCUUCCCCGGAAAUUGGACCGAUUUGAGCAAAACCACCGAAAAUGCGACCCCGGACAGUGGCGUGGAAGAUAUCACACCGGCCGGUUUUACAGAGGGCGAAUUUACCGCCCAGUUUAGAACCGUAAAACCACUGAAGCAACUAGCUUCCGAAGCAGUGAAACGAAGCAAAAAGGUUGAAGAAACAAGAAAUCAUGACAUGUUGGGCGGUUUGAGACACACGAGAAAUCGGCUAAAGCUUGAUUUACCGCCGAGUCCAAGCGCGUUCACUUCGAGUAAAAUGUUUAGUAUUGAACCGGUCAUUGACCCGGUUAUUAACCGGGAAAAACCGACGUUUACAACGUUCGGGAAAAGUCGGUUUUUGGUACAACAUGUCGAUACGCCACCGGAUGACGAAGUGAGCAAAAGUAAAAACGUUUCGUUUGAAGCGUUACCUUAUAAACCAAUCCAGAAACAUAUAAUUAAGGAAGAUUUCGAAACGAGUCGAGAGAAAGGUAAGGUGGAAAGUGUGCGUGGCGAAGCCAGCCUACUAGAUAGUGCCGAUGAAGACAGUGGGAUUGAGUCAAGCACUCUGGAACGAAAACUGACUAACCCUGUUUAGGUUCGUCCUUUUUAUUAAACUUGUUCAGGUCCUUUGAUGCCUUAAAGUGAAAAAGGCAGUUCGAUGAUAACUAUUUAAAAGAGGAAAUUAGAUUAGCGAUAGAGAAAUCAGCUUUAAACCACAGUUAUUUACCUUGCGUUGGUUACUUUAUGUGAUAUUGUUUUAAUUGGUCUCUGUUACUGUUUUACUCUCGAAUCAAAAUGGUAACGUUAACGUCUAGACUAUGCGAAUAAAUGUGAUCGAUUGAUUGAAACUUGCCUGAGUUUGUUCCACUAGUCUAGAUGUGAGACGGGAAAUAACUUGAUGUACAAACUUAAAAUUUGGCGUCCAAGGUGUUGUUGUAGUUUGGUAUACUCAGUAUUUGUAUAGUCUUUCGUUAUUCUCAUGUGUUACUGAAUCAAUCAAAUUAACACACUUCAUGUUAACUCAUAAAUUGUGCCCCUUAAUAUAUUGUGGUUAAUAAGAAUUAUUUUUUAUUUUGUAGAUAAUUGUUGUAGGAUAUGUCCGUAUCGGACCUAAUAAUGUGAUCGGCUAUUCAUAUUUCUUGUACUUGUAGUAAUUGUAUUGUAAUAUACUGUAGUAAGUUAUAUUAAUAAACAUUUUAUUCAGAAACUGGAA